GCAUUGUGAAAGGGGUGAUGUGAGAGGCUCCAUCUCUAUGAGAGCUUGGCUGCUGGUGAGCACAAACCUCCAUCAAGUGCCUCUGCCAGGCUGCUCUGUGGAAGUGUCACUCUCUGUAGGAAUAGGGCAGCAGUAGGAACACUGGGCAAAGCUGCUGAAAAGGCAAGAAUAACCUGCUGUAUUAAAUGACAAAUCCCCUGGGGACAUAGCUCUAUAGUUAGCAUCUUCAAAUGGCAUUCCUUUAUUAUGGCAUCAUUGUGAAUGUUCCUCUGGAGAGGAAGCAAACAAUCUUUAAAACAAUCUGCUGGCAACUCAGGCUCUUAGUAUUUGAGUUUUUCCAGGGCUCUUUUGCUGUGUCACUUCUUCCCUUUUAUGUUCCAACUCAAAGGUUGUUUUUCUGUCACCGUCAAAGUACGUUAAAGUGCCAGUAAUAGUGUCUGCUCCAAGGACAAGGUAUAGAAAGCAGCAACCCAGUGCAAAUGAGAGAUAACUGCAGAACAGUUUUGUUUUUGUGCAAUCUGCUGCCUUAUCUGUGUGUGAUGCAAGGACGGGGCAGUUUUCAUAAGGCUUGGAGGCUGCAUGGUGGUAUGUUUUUUGUCCUUUAUGGAGUCUGCCAUGUUAUUUUGAUUAGAACACUAACGUAACUCCUGGCAGGAUCAAAUCUUGCUGCUAGCAGCGAUUUCCCUCCAAAGCUUGAUGCGGUGCUAACAAGCAGAAAGAUCUCAUGCGUCCUGUUUGCAUGAAGCUCAGAAGACAGCGUGUUCCCUGGGAGAUGCCAAGUUUCUAGGUGGCAGAGACACGGUGAAGCUCUGUGUGGGGCAAGGAAAGCUGAUGGGGGAGCCUUGUUCAUGACCCAGGAUGGACUGGCUGUAAUGGCGUGCCUUAGCUGAAGAGGUAGUUAUGAUGAAGAGUUCCUGCAGAGCUGGCCUCCACAGGGAACCGCUGAAUUCCACAUCUUCCACCUUCCAUCAAGUCAAACGGGUUUCUGGUAUGCACUUAAAGCCAUAUCUCAAGUUACAGAAGAAAGAGCGAUCUCCAGAAAUAAGCCAGGAUUCCCUUAGAGGCCUGCCUAUGAACCAUCAGCGAUCAGCACAAGAAGAAAAAUACACCAAUAACUGCACCAAACUGAGCGUUUUCCCAAAACCCUCCCUCGUGACUCCAUCUCAAAAGCUUCUGGGGAUUAUUUAUCCAAAUACUAUGUGCAAUAUGAAUGGGAAAGGUCCAGCAGAUGGUCCAAGUGCAAGGGAAAAGAAUAAUGCCCUAUCUGCAACGAUCCAUCAGGGAGAAGAAGGGGAAGGGCCGCUGGAUGUCUGGGCUGUAGUGAAGCCUGGCAAUACUAAGGAGAAGAUUGCAUUCUUUGCAGCCCAGCAGUGCAGCAGCAACAACCGGCUAAGCUCCAUGAAAAUCAAAAGCACAUGGGAUAUCGAUGGAAGAACAGCGAAACGCAGGAAAAAAUCGGUAGAUCUUAAAAAAGCUAAAAUUCAACUGGAAAGAAUGAGAGAGACGAAUGCCAGGUGCUCCCAGCCGGAGCCUUUUGCCUGUGGCAUCGAGCACUGUUCAGUGCACUAUGUGAAUGAGAACGGUGAGGGUGUGUUCCCGGGCAGGUCCCUCUCGGUGAUAGAGAUGGUGGCCUUCCUGGAGCAACGAGCAAGUGCUUUACUGGUAGACUGUACGAAAACCUGCACGCCUGCUUCUGCUACAAGGCUGAGUACUCAGCCUAAAGGUGCACUUUCCAGCUCAGACCCUUUCUUUGCUGGGGCAUGUGAGGCACAUGUGGAGAGGGGACCUUGCAGCAAUAGUGAGCAGCAGCAGAGCGAGCCUGUGCGCGUGCUGGACAUGGUGGCCAAGCUGGAGUCGGAGUGCCUGCGGCGCCAGAGUGAGCGAGAGGCUGGGAGCCUCUCGAGGAACAACAGCUUCCGCAGGAAUGUUGGGAGGGUGCUCCUGGCAACUGGCACCCAGCCUGAGGGAGAGGUGGGGAAGGUCUCCUCUGGGGUCCUGGCCGAGGGGUCCGGCUUGGAGGAGGCAGGAGUAGAGGCUGGACAUGGAGGACAUUGUGGCCCUCUGGGUGAUGCUGAAUUGUGGAGUGGCACUGCUUCUUCUGGGCAGCCUUUUCCUUCUGGGCUGGAUCCUCAGAUGGAGAAUGUGAAUUCAGGACUUGCUCAUGCAGUGUUGGCAAUAACGGCUGGCAGGAGUGAAUCUGAAAUGCGAAUUGAGCCUCCCAGACCUCUGCUGUCCACAUGUCCGGCUGCUGCCAGGUUGCUACCGGAUUCCUUGCAGAGCAAGAACACGACUGUUGAUUGUACAUUGAAAGAGCCUGUAAUUUUCCCAAAGCAGAGUCUGCAUCCUGCUAGGAAGGAGCCCUUAUGCAUCAGUAUAUCGGUCACCAAGACCGAGAAAGGAUGCAGGAAAGAGAAGCUCUCUAUCUCCAGUCCUAGUGAAGAUCCGCUCCCAGGGAGGCUGUUUUUUCUCCAGGCUGACCAGCCUGUGGCUCACGAGCAACAGCCACUACAGGAAAGUACCCAAGAAAAGCCAGGAGAAAUAGCCCAAAAUGAAGAGGAGGAUGCCUUGGCAUCUGACAGAUCAUACGUCAGAAAUGCUACAGAGCCAUCUGCCCUUUCUGUUCCUCUGACAGAAGGGGCUUUGCAAGUACUUGAUGCUUCCUGCUUGAAAAGGCAGGUUUCGCAUGACUUUCUGGAGACCAGGUUUAAAAUUCAGCAGCUUUUGGAGCCUCAGCAGUAUAUGGCCUUCUUGCCUCACCACAUCAUAGUGAAGAUCUUCGGGUUGCUUCCUACUAGGAGUCUGGUUGCCUUAAAAUGCACUUGCUACUACUUCAAGUUCAUCAUUGAAUACUACAACAUCAGGCCAGCAGACUCCCGCUGGGUCCGUGAUCCCCGCUACAGAGAAGACCCUUGCAAGCAGUGCAAGAAGAAGUAUGUGAAAGGGGAUGUAUCGCUGUGCCGGUGGCAUCCCAAACCAUACUGUCAAGCUUUACCCUAUGGGCCGGGGUACUGGAUGUGCUGUCACCGGUCCCAGAAGGGCAUCCCGGGCUGUAAGUUGGGUCUUCAUGACAAUCAUUGGGUUCCUGCCUGCCACAGCUUUAACCGUGCUAUUCAUAAGAAAACCAGAGGAUCAGGAGCAGAAGUGGAAGAGGAAUAUUAGUGCACAUACACUUUCCUGUGAGAUUGUUUGGGGUAGGAGAUUCUCAUGCCUUGUGCUGUUUACAGUGUAUAUAAUUGUCGUGUGUGUUUUUUUUUUUUCCACAGGGCUAUGAAAACUGCACAUACUUAAACACAAGAGCCUUUACCUUUUAGAUUAAAGAUAGCUUUUAGUCCAUCUAUGUAAAUAACACUAUGAAAUCUAAUUGUACAUACAGAGUCUACAGCUGGCUGAACAACGUAAUCACUACAAUGCAGCUAUGAUAGUGUUGCGGCUAUAGUUGUGUGUGUUUUUAAGUGUCUUGUUUCAAAAUCUGUAUAUCCUGUAUAAUAUAUGAAUGUUUCUGAGAAGAAACUCUAAAUAGGUAAAGGUCAACUUGUUUAAAGAAUCUGCAGACAACUUAACUGGACAACCUUAAAAUUAGACUAGAAACAGAUCCAUUACAGUAAGUAGUGUGGCAGUGGAGAAAAAGAGAGGAAUGUUAUUGUGUAGUCAGAAUAUAAAAAGUUCUUGUCUACCUUA